UGUGAGCUCUGCACCGCCACCUGGUGACGGCGUCACGACGCCUCUUGGUUACCGGGGCAACGGAACGCGCGGCGUGGGGUGAGGGGACCACGAGACGGGACCCAGAGAGAGACCCCGUCACGGGAACAGGGACCGAGAGGAACCUCCAGAGACCCUCGUCACGGAAACAGGGACCAAGAGGGACCCCCAGAGACCCUCGUCACGGGAACAGGGACCAAGAGGAACCCCCAGAGACCCUCGUCACGGGAACAGGGACCAAGAGGAACCCCCAGAGACCCCGUCACGGGAACAGGGACCAAGAGGACCCCCCAGAGACCGAUAGAACUUCCAAGGUGGGAUCAGAAAAACUAAGGAACCACACCACCGCCCCCCCUACCCCCCUACCCCCCCAUAUACCUGGAAGAGGUAUCCCCUUCGAUCCCUCAGACAGGAUCAGGUGACGCUUAGAGAGCCCGGGGGAGCUUCAGGGGACCAAGCUCGAACUGUGGGACCCCGAGAGCCGAGACCUGAGGCGCAUGGGGGCCGCGGUGGGCCCGUGGGCCGGCGUGGAGGCGCUGGGGGGGGUCACGGAGGAGGAGGCCGCGCGCCUAGGCCGCGCCAUGCAGGACGAGGCCUUCCGCGACCUCCUCAUGGAGCACGCCCGUGAGCUGCAGGAGCCGGCAGCGCGUGCCCGCUACGAGCAGGAGAUGGCCGAGCUGGAGAGGGAGAGGGGGAUGGACGUCACCUUCCUGCACAUCUCUCCAGGCUACGUCCUCAAGGGCUUCAUACGAGGGGACGGUGCAGCAGCAUCAGGAGGGAGCCACGGUGACGAGAGCGGCGGCACCAGCACCGCCGCCACCAUCAAGGCCUUCGUCAACGUGUGCUGGGUGGACACCGGGCUGGAGCCCCCCUCCUCGGAACACUCGCCGGCCCGGCCCGGCGGCGUCACGUGGCGGCUGCCGCACGCGGUGCUGCCGCCGGCGCGGCGCGACGUGGACGGGCGCGGCGCGCCGUGCGCCGUGCACGACGUGGCCUUCCACCGCGACGCCGCCGCCCUCGCCGCGGGCCCCGACCCGCGGCUGCGCGCGCUGCUGGACGACACCGCGGCCGCCGCCGUGGAGGACGCGCUCGGGGUGCGCUUCGUGAGCCGGCACAACCGCGGCGGCGGCGCGGCGAGGACCGGCGCGGCGAGGACCGGCGCGGUGCGGCGCAUCAAGGCGACGUACAAGGGAACGCCACCGCUGCGCUCCCCCGUGCUGCGAAAACCAAGGGCCGGAGCUGGAGAGGGGGCGGCGGCGGCGACAGACGGCGGCUUUCCCUUCCCGCCGGGACUCGAGGUGCUGUCCAAGAUGCCGUACCCAUACUCAGGCGCCACCACCACCACCACCACCACCGGCGCAACCGCAACCAAGAUUCACGGCAACCGCAACAGGAGGCGCGACGGAGGUGGAGGUGGUGGAGCGGGAGGCGGAGUCCCGGGCUCGAGUACGUGUGCCAGCGAGUCCCCUACCGUUACGCAGGGGCAGCCCGCCGCAAAGGAUUGUGGGAAAGCUGCAGGGGGGCUGCAGUACACCGUGACGCACAGAACGUACUCCGACAUGCAGGACUUCGCGGUGGAUGCCGCCCCGCGGUGCGGAGCUGCCCCGCACGAGCUCGUGGUGCGCAUCGACCUGGCCGGGGCGUGCGCCCGCUGCCUGGCGCAGCCCGGCGCCGUGCGUCUCGAGGUCGGCCACGCGGCCAUGGAGCUCACGCUGUCGCACGCCGCCGGAGAACGCCCUCGGCAGCAAGAGCACCGGCCGUGCGCACACCUGAUCGUGCCGCUGCCGCUGCCGGUCGUGGCCGGCGGUGGGCACGCCGAGCUCAACCGCGACAGCGCCACCCUGACCAUCACCGUGGAAACGCUCGCCAGGAAAAACGCCCCGUCGGCCGGGCGGCGCGGGCGGCGUGGCGCGCCGCCCGCGCGGGAGGUGGGGCAGGCGGGCGCACAGGGCAGUCGGUCAGACGGACAACAACCAGACACUGACGCAGAUGAACAACAACCGGACACUAAAGCAGAUGAACAACAACCGGACACUAAAGCAGAUGAACAACAACCGGACACUGACGCAGAUGAACAACAACCGGACACUAAAGCAGACGGACAACAACCGGACACUGAAGCAGACAAACAACAACCGGACACUGAAGCAGACGAACAACAACCGGACACUGAAGCAGACAAACAACAACCGGACACUGAAGCAGAUGAACAACAACCGGCCACUGAAGCAGAUGAACAACAACCGGACACUGAAGCAGAUGAACAACAACCGGACACUCAAGCAGACGGACAACAACCGGACACUGACGCAGAUGAACAACAACCGGACACUGAAACAGAUGAACAACAACCGGACACUGAAACAGACAGACAACAACCGGACACUGAAGCAGACGAACAACAACCGGACACUGAAACAGACAGACAACAACCGGACACUCAAGCAGACGAACAACAACCGGACACUGAAACAGACAGACAACAACCGGACGCUGAAACAGAUGAACAACAACCGGACACUGAAACAGACAGACAACAACCGGACACUGAAGCAGACGAACAACAACCGGACACUGAAACAGACAGACAACAACCGGACACUCAAGCAGACGGACAACAACCGGACACUCAAGCAGACGGACAACAACCGGACACUGAAGAAGAUGAACAACAACCGGAUACUGACGCAGAUGAACAACAACCGGACACUGAAGAAGAUGAACAACAACCGGACACUGAAACAGACAGACAACAACCGGACACUCAAGCAGACGAACAACAACCGGACACUGAAACAGACAGACAACAACCGGACGCUGAAACAGAUGAACAACAACCGGACACUGAAACAGACAGACAACAACCGGACACUGAAGCAGACGAACAACAACCGGACACUGAAACAGACAGACAACAACCGGACACUCAAGCAGACGGACAACAACCGGACACUCAAGCAGACGGACAACAACCGGACACUGAAGAAGAUGAACAACAACCGGAUACUGACGCAGAUGAACAACAACCGGACACUGAAACAGACAGACAACAACCGGACACUAAAGCGGAUGAACAACAACCGGACACUGAAACAGACAGACAACAACUGGACACUGAAGCAGAUGGGCAACAACCGGACACUGAAGCAGACGGACAACACCCGGACACUGACGCAGAUGAACAACACCCGGACACUGAAGCAGAUGGACAACAAUCCGACACUCAAGCAAAACAACUAGAUACUCAACCAGAGCAACUGGACACUGCACCAGAUGAACAACAAUUGGACACUCAGCCGCAUGAGCAAUCAGAAAAACAAACGGACACUCAACUAGAACAAGCAGAUGCUAAGCCAGAUGAGCAACCACCAGACACUCAACCAGAUGAACAACUACCAGACACAAAAUCAGAACACCCAGACACUAAUCCAGAAUACCCGGAUACUCAAUCAAAACAACCAGACACUCAAGGAGAACUAGACACUCAACCAGAUGGACAACCGGGCACUCAACCAAAACAACUCCUCACUCAACCAGAUCAACAACCGCGGACUCCACCAGAUGAGCGAGGGGGUGACGUUGGUACCCAUGGGUUAGAGAUACUGAGCAGCGACCCCGGCGACCAUGUGACUCGCUGUCCAAUCCAAUUCCAGAACGACCUGCUGUUUGAGCUGGACUGAGCGGGCCAGCACAACCCUGCGUGGAGUUUGUGUGUUCUUCCCCUCUUCUGCAUGGGUUUAUUCCGGGCUCUCCAGUUUUCUCCCAUAGAUAACCCCCCCCCCCCCACACACAAGUGGAACUAACAUUGGUAAAAAUAAAAU